CGGGGCCGAGGGCGCGGGAGGCGGAAGUUCCCGCGGGCUGCGCGCAGGCUGACGCCCCGGGAGUCACUUGUCAGCGCUCGUCUGAGGCAGCGGCAGCUCGGCCCGGUUUCUUUCGUUCUUUGGCGUUGGACGUUGCACCACUUGAACCAUGAGCAACUACAACGUGUCCUUGGUUGGCCCAGCUCCUUGGGGUUUCCGGCUGCAAGGUGGCAAGGAUUUCAACAUGCCCCUGACAAUCUCCAGUCUAAAAGAUGGUGGCAAGGCAUCCCAAGCCAAUGUACGAAUAGGCGAUGUGGUGCUCAGCAUUGACGGGAUAAGCGCACAUGGAAUGACUCAUCUGGAAGCCCAGAAUAAGAUUAAGGGUUGUACAGGUGCCUUGAAUAUGACUCUGCAAAGAGCAUCUGCCACGCCCAGGCCCGAGCCGGUUCCGGUCCAGAAGGGAGAACCCCAAGAAGUAGUUAAGCCUGUGCCCAUCACAUCUGCUGUGCCCAGAGCCACCCCCACUGCCAGCGCGGCCUACAAUAAGGCACCACGGCCCUUUGGCUCCGUGUCUGCACCCAGGGUCACGUCCAUCCCGUCACCAUCGUCCGCCUUCACCCCCGCCCAUGCGACCUCCUCAUCCCACGCUUUCCCUGCUGCCACCCCCCCGCCCGCGGCGUCCGGACUGCACGCUAGCGCCGUUCUCGGUGCCGAGCAGCGCGCGCCCGGCCUGGCCGCUGGCAAACCCGCAGUUACUGUCCCACGGCAGCCCGCAGUCACCAGCGCGUGUUCCGAGACUGCCCAGGAGCUAGCGGAGGGACAGAGAAGAGGAUCCCAGGGGGACAGUAAACAGCAAAAUGGUAACCCUGGCAGCAUGAAAAUCCCUCCUAAACGCCCCCCGAGAAAGCACAUUGUGGAGCGCAACACGGAGUUUUAUCACGUGCCGACACACAGUGACGCUAGCAAGAAGAGGCUGAUCGAGGACACUGAGGACUGGCACCCGCGGACGGGCACCACCCAGUCUCGCUCCUUCCGAAUCCUCGCGCAGAUCACCGGGACUGAGCACUUGAAAGAAUCUGAAACCGACAACACGAAGAAGGCAAACAGCGUCCCGGAGCCAGCACCAGCAGCGGCCUCCGCCCGGACCAUGCCGGAGAGGCCAGAGAGCCCGGCCUCGGCCCGGCCAGGAGUGGCCGGUCUCACCACUGCCGCCGCUUUCAAGCCUCUGGCCUCCACCAGCGCCAUCAAGUCACCAGGCUGGCAGCGGCCAAGCCCGGCAGCACCAUCCACGGGGAGGAUCUCCAACAACGUGCCGUCAGCCAGAGCGGCUGCCCCCGCCGGCUCCACGGGGGCCCCCGCCCCACCCGGCGAGGAGGACACGCUGGUGCAGAGAGCCGAGCACAUCCCGGCGGGGAAGCGCACGCCCAUGUGCGCCCACUGCGACCAGGUCAUCAGGGGACCAUUCCUAGUGGCACUGGGGAAGUCGUGGCACCCGGAAGAGUUUAACUGUGCUCACUGCAAAAACACCAUGGCCUCCAUUGGGUUUGUGGAGGAGAAGGGGGCUCUGUACUGCGAGCUGUGCUACGAGAAGUUCUUCGCUCCCGAGUGUGCUCGAUGCCAGAGGAAGAUCCUUGGAGAAGUCAUCAAUGCCUUGAAACAAACUUGGCACGUUUCCUGUUUUGUGUGUGUGUCGUGUGGAAAACCCAUUCGUAAUAAUGUGUUCCACCUGGAGGACGGGGAGCCCUACUGUGAGACCGAUUACUACUCCCUCUUUGGCACCAUGUGCCGUGGCUGCGAGUUCCCCAUCGAGGCUGGCGACAUGUUCCUGGAGGCUCUGGGCUUCACCUGGCACGACACCUGCUUCGUCUGCUCCGUAUGUUCUGAAAGUUUGGAAGGCCAGACCUUUUUCUCCAAGAAGGACAAGCCGCUUUGCAAGAAACAUGCCCAUUCUGUGAAUUUUUAAUAGUCAACAGUUUGGGAGGAGAGAAGGAAUUUGAAGAGUAAAAGAGAAUCAAAAAUACCAAUUACUUUUUUGAGUUAAUAUUUAUAUAAAGUUUUGAAAAAUAAUAGUGGGUCUGAAGGGAUGAAUUCCAGCUUUUAAAAGCAAGUCUAUGAGGAAAUAUUUGGCCUCAUGAAGUAAAGAGACCAUUUGACAUUUAUUAUUACUUCUCCCCUGUUUUUCUGCCUCUAAAAUAACUUUUAUAAAAAUCAAUUUCCUGGUUGACUCUUAAAUUCACGUUAGAAUAAAUUAUGGAAGAAUUAAGUUUUAAAUGAAAAAAUCCAGCCUUUAUGCUGAAAUAAUUAUAUUUUCCUUUUAUAUAGUUGUAAGUAAAUCUACAAAAGGCAAUAAAAAUGCCUUACUUUUGUCAAUAAAUGAAACAUUAUAUUUUUUAAAUUAUGCUUUUCUGUAAAGCAGUAAAUGGGAUUUUAAAUGGAACAUCAAUAGUUGGUAUCAGUUUUUGUAAAACUCUACAUUUAUUUUUGUAUCACAGUUUAUCAUUCCAAUAGGAAAGGCCAGUGAAGUUUGUGAUCAAAAUGUGUCAGGCCAAUAAGAUAUUUUUCUCAUAUUCUCCCUCCCAAAAGCCACCAUAUAGCUUAAAAAUUUUUUUUGCCUUGUAUCAAAAUAUGAGCAUUUUUGUUUACUUUAUCACCUGUAUUGGCCAAAAAAAAUUUUUUUUAUUCCAUAGUAAAAAUCUAGUUGAAUAACUUUGGACUCUGAUGGUUUUAUCUCUCUUUAAAGUGAAUAAAUAGAAGAUAAUGUGGUUAGGAACUAAAGAAAAUGAGCAUUAUAUCCAAGGUAUAUAAUGAGUAUUAUAUCCAAACCCACCACAUUUUAGAUAGUGACUAAGUUAGACUGGUUUCAGAAUUGAUCUACUGAGUGACAUUUCGAGACUUUUCUUUGCAGAUCAAUUUAUCCCCCUUAUACAUGAAAAAAAAAAAAAGAUUGGCUUGAGGAUACGAUAAGAUCUAGUUUCACUUCUUUUUGGUAGUUCUUUUCAGUAGCAAGGGAACUAAUUUCACGUGUGGCCAUGCAAUUUGGCGUACUGUCAUCCACAGAAGUUUGACAGGUGAGAGAACUUAGUGAGUGACCCAGACCGGCCCACUAUUCGUCUUCUUCACAUGAGGAAAAAUUCUGGGACGCCAUGUGAAGACACAGGGGAAAACAUGUAAAAAUCGUAGCUUCUACUAAUGUUUUCCCAUUGAGGGAACAGAUCAUGGCACUUGGUUGUUUUUCCUUUGAUUGCCAGAAUGGGUAAAAGCCCGGGAUGCUACUGAGUCAUGAUUUAAAUUGGUUUGGGGCGAGGUGCUCUCCGCGUCAGUGGCGUGUCCUCUCCGGACAGAGAGGACGUCACGCUGUGUCUGGGUGUGGGAGAGAUCUUCUCCUGCUGUCUCUUCCCUUUGGCCUUUAAAGAUGAUAUGCUAAAGUUGUGUUUGAUUAGCCAAUGACAUUGGGUAUUUUCUUCAAAGAUUUUUUUUAUUUGACCCAAAUUUUUUAUAAAAACGGUUUUACAUUAAGGGUACUAUUCUUUUCACUUAUUUCUCAAGGAGCACUGUGUCUCGUUUCUCCGGAGUGACCUUCAAGAGUUAAUGUUACUUCCUCAUUGAUCCCUUUGUCCUGGCGCUUUACCUUUCUCUUCUGUGCAGAAGCUUUAUACCUGUUCAUAAAACAGUUAAUCCCACCAAAUUAAUACUGAUUAUAAUCCAGAAGAAUCUGUGCUUUCUAGUGGGGAAUGCCAUAUUAUACACCAGCAUUAACUUUAAUAACUGACAUAGCACUUUAUUCUUCUGGUAAUCUCCC